GAAUAAAAUGCAGCAAAAUAGUAACUGCGCCAUUUGCAGUUAUCCGUUGGCGCGCGGCAAUUGCAGGAUCGUGGGGAAGAAGGGAAUUAGUACACUGAUCACACAGAGCAAACGCGUGGAAGACAAAAAAUGUUUGGAUUGGGAAAAAAAGGAAAAACUGGACUGUCAUGAGAAGUGUAGACUUUCAUACUCGGUCAGUGGAACGUAUACUCAGCAUUUUGCGUUGAAUGCACCAAAUAACAAUGUCGUAGCUGCAAGGGAUGAGGUUCCUGAUUUCCAUUACGCGGAUAAUUGCUUCAUUUGUGGUUUGAGUAUAAUAAAAGAUGCGAAAACAAAAAUCUGUACAGUCACACAAAAAGAGACGCGUGAUAACUUGAUUGCAAUGGGAAAGGAAAGAAAUGACUCUUUGGGAAUUAGCGUUGUUGAAAGAUUAGAGAACAUUUCUUGCUUAAUUCGCGUACAAGGCAGAUACCACCGGACAUGCAUGUCUCAGUUCAAUACGUAUGGUUUAAAAAAAAAUAUCGAUGAUCUAAACUGGUCUAGAAUCGAUUCAUUGUUAGAACCUGUGUGGCAAGUUCUUGAAGAAGACAAAAAUGUUAUUCAUUAUUUGUCGAAGUUAGUAGAACUUGUGGAUGAUGACUCUAUAGAUAGAAGGACUGUAGCAGAUCACAUUAAAAAACGUUACGGUGAGGAAGUUGAGUGCAGUAAAAUGGGGGGAAAAGAUAUACGUGCCUCAAAUAUAAUGCACAGAGAGAUUCGUAGCAAGCAAUUUGUAAGCGAUAAGUACCCACCGUCCAAUCAAUUUGUAAGCGAUCUUUCCUCCGAUUAUCCACCCCACUUUUCGUUCUUUAUUGAGCACUUUCUCCUUAUCGCUGACGAAGAGGAAGAUAAAAGAGCAAAGUCUGUGAAGCGAUAUGAUAUCUCAAUGCAUACUUUCAUUCAUUCAGCCACGUACGUUUUUGUCCACCCUCCACUUCUCGAUUGGGACAUUGAUUCUGAGAAAAACAGGUUCCAAGCUUCAACAAUAGUGAAUCCACCCAGAUUGAUCAUUGAAAAACCUUUCGUACAAUUUGUAUUUGAUAAUACUGACCACAACGUCAGGACCCUGGACGGACGGGAGACUUUCCAUUGUUUAGGCGGAAUACAGGUUUACACUCCGGAGCACGAAAUCACACAAUGUGGAAGUGUCGAAAAACUUACUGAGAUGCCUUCCGCAAAUAUCCUUGCAAAGCAAGAACAAAUUCCAAUCUUCCCUUACGUCGAGCCGCCAAAAGAGGGCUUGAAACUUAUAGAAUUCAUCGAUACAAAUUUACUGACCAUGGUCGACAUGCCUCUAUUCCCCCCUACUUACUCAACUUAUUUGUGGGCUAAAUACGUUGAUCCUGAGAAUGUACCAGCAUGGCGAGGUUUCAUGGAGAUAUGUUCGGAAAAUGAAAGUUUCCAAAGGUCGGGGGUGCAAUGCCAACAAUUUAUUAACGAAGUUCCAUCUAGUCUAACAACCAUUUAUACAUCAAUCAUGCAUGCAAAGAGCGAAACCCGUAAAUGUGGUCAAAAAACCACUAUCUUAACUUACGACUUGCCGUUGUACAUGAAAUGUCGCGAUAUUAUAGCGAAGUUAAUGUUGCCCGACGUUUUUGUUCGCUUAGGCGGAUUCCACAUGUUAAUGUCUUUUUUGGGAGCAAUAGGUAUUAUCAUGGGAGGAAGCGGACUUGAAUCUAUGUGGGAGCUUGCUUACGCUAGUGAAUCCAUAAAGAAAAUGAUGGACGGGCACAAUUAUUCAAGAGCAGUCCGAGCACACAUUUUGACGUUUACAGCUUUAGGCAUCGUAAUUUGUGAUUCAAUCGAAGAAAAAGGCGAGAUCAAAGGGGUUAUCGCAUCAUUGAUGCGUGUCUGGCAGAAAAAUCCUCUCAAGCUAGGGGACAGUGACUCUGAUAAGGACCUGAAGAAAAUGUCUGAUUUGUUUUAUACAAAGUUGAAGCAAUUGAAAAAUAACGGCCCAACAGCCAAGUUGUGGGUGCAGUACAUUGAAGCCGUGCUUAUUGUCUUGCGUUUUAUUGAAGCAGAACGUCUUGGAAACUGGGACCUUCAUCUUGAUUGCGUUCGAAGAAUGUUGCCAUUGUUUCAUGCCGCGGGACAUUUUCAAUAUGCAAAAGCAGCUCAGAUUUAUUUGCAGGAUAUGGUACUUCUACAGGACAUCAUGGAUCCUCAAGAGUUUCACCAGUUUGCCACGCAGGGUUAUUUCACUAUCCACAGGUCGGAUAAGGCUUGGUCCGGAAUCUGGAGUGACAUGACAAUCGAGCAGACAUUGAAUAGGUUUUUUGGGACCGACUUGACACACGGAAGAGGUGUUACGCGGAGUGUCGUGUCUCGAUAUUUGCUGGGGAUGCCUUGCGCCGUGCAUGUAAUGCAAGCAUUGGAAGAGUAUUGUAAUCUGGAGACGAGAAACAGUGAGCAGCAUGUUGAUUUGGGCAAAGGACGAAAAGCAUGGGACGCAAAGGACAUUGCCUCAUUCGUUACUUGGUUGAAGGGGCAUGAACCAUUCAAAGUCCGCGAGGAAUUAAUUUCGCUGUCAACUGGAGUUGUUGGUGGUGUGGAAAUAAAUUGUCAUAUGGCUUUCGAGCGUGGCACACAAGCAAUGUGUCAUAUAGUUGGACGCACUUAUGAAAAGGUGUCGCUGUCAAAAUUGUACAAGAUCAAGAAUUUGGACUUUGCACGGACACAAUCUCAAAAAGCUAUGUCUUCCACUGUCACUGUUGAUACCUCUCUAUUAUUUCAACGUCUGUCUGUGGCUAUGCGUGGAAGGAAAGAGUUGAGUAAAUCUUGCUUCGACUACGAAAUGUCUCCUGUUCCACUUAGUUUGUUCGACGAGAAAGGAUCAAUGCGAAAGACCGACAAGUCACAGUUAUAUAAAAUGUUCACUACUACCCUAUCCUCACGAGCAUUUUUUGAUGAUUCUCAGUUUGUUGUAGACGGAGGAUGGUUGCUUCACAGCCUCGUCUGGCCUCAUAGUAAGACAUACCGUGCAAUCUUUGAUAUGUACAAGAACUUUCUUGUUCAGCGGUUUGGUCGGAGCGUCAUUAUUGUUUUCGACGGAUAUGAAGAUGAACAUAUAGGUGUCAAAUCAUACGAGCGAGACCGUAGACAAGAAAGAAAUUGUGGCGUGGACGUUGAAAUUGAACCAGACAAUCUCGUCCCAUUGAACCAAAGGACAUUUUUGUCCAACGUGAAAAACAAGGCUCAAUUUGUUUAUCACCUUGGUCAAACUCUUGCAACAUAUGAGGGAUUCAGUUUUACCGUGAUCCAUGCGAAAGAGGAUGCGGAUGUUGAGAUUGUGAGAACAGCUCUGAAGACUCAUAACGAAUUGUUUCGUCACGGGAAAUCACAAGUUAUAGUCGUCGGCUCGGAUGUUGAUCUCUUAAUAUUACUUAUUGGACUCACUCCAACCUCAGAGAGCAUGUACUAUUACAAGAUGGGCCAGGGGGGCAAGGCGAACCAAUUGUACGAUACUCGGGAUCACAAACAUUUGCAACCAUUUCUACUUUUUGCUCAUGCCUUUGCGGGCUGCGACACUACUAGCUGCUUUUUUGGGAAAGGGAAGAUGAAGCUGGUGAAGUUGCUGCUGCAGAACGACAGCAUUAGAGCGCUGGCGCUGAAGUUUUACGAGCCGGACUGCUUGGAAGACGAAUUGCUGCAAUGUGCAGAGACGAUUACUCUCGCACUAUACAAAGACAAAGAACAGUCUUCUUCUCUCGGGACUUUCAGAUACAAUUUGUUUUCUACAAACUUAGCAAAGGCAAAAAAGGAAACGCCCCUAGAAUGUCUGCCACCAACAUCUCCUGCCUUGCUUCAGCACUGUAAACGAGUGUACUAUCAAAUCCAGGUGUGGCUUCAGCAUAGAUUAGAUCCCUGCUUGUGGGGAUGGACAAGACAGGGUAAUAUUCUCAUUCCGAUCAUGUCUGAAGCAGAUCCCGCACCAAAAGAACUGUUACAAAAGGUUUCCUGUGGAUGCCAAGGGCCCUGCAAAUCGAAGCGAUGUAACUGCCGAAAAGCCGGUCUAAAGUGCAACCCUGCUUGCAAAGUAUGCCGCGGAAAAUCGUGCAACAACUCAAAGAGAUGGACUGCUACAGAACACCAUAAUAGCGAAACUCCGACUACUACAGAUUCAUGUGAGGAGGACGGUGGACAAACUACCGUAGAACCCGAUAAUGAUGACUUAACAGAAGAUGAUGAGACCUCAUCAAGCAGCCACGAUGCAACGACCGAUGACGAGGAAAUUAACGAAGGACUUUAA